UCCUCGACCAACGCCACUCUUCCGGCUCCUCAAACACCCUAACGCCCAUUCGCAUCGUGCCCAAAACACCGACCGCCAUCGUUCUCGACACUGCCGGCCACAUCUCCAGAGACCGCUCCGGAGCCUCAUUGAAAUACCUGACCCGAGGCGACGCCUGAGCGCCCAUCGCAGCAAGCCCGACCGUCCAUUUGACUGGCUGAUCCCAAACAGACAGUCGAGGCGCCGCACGCUUCCAUCUGCCCUGACAGAUUAACUGCCUGGUUUAUCAAAAGCCAUGUCGUAACUUGAUGCGUCUUUCUCGUCGCUAGAGGGGAGCCCACCGGGAGGUGCAGGCGGGUAGUAGGAAGAAACAGGUUAAGUUGAUCGCGACACGUUUGGUUGCAGGGACCCCACCAAGCCCCGCCUUUGGACUAGCUUCGACCAUUGCCCCUGGCAGCGGCAUCCGUCCGACUGCCACACGACUUAUAAACUCACGCUACGGCUUCGACUCUUGUUUCCCAAUUAGCGGAGAUACUUUACGGCGCAGCCACACACACCCUAUCUCCAAUUCCCAUUCUCCACAUCUUUUGAUAUAGACACGCCCCACACCUUCGCGACACUUUUCACUACCUCUUUUCCUCCCUCUCACAAGAGUCGCCCCAUAUUCCGUGUGCAUUUUAUUGAGGGUCUUUCUGAAUUUGGGAGCCCGGGCAUUUCAUCAGAGUGAAGCUACUGGGUUUCAACUCAUUAUUCCCCACGCCGCUGUCGCUGUUGAGCUGACGACAUCAGCUUCACCUCCGCAGUGCAGUGAGUGAAAGCCGCUCGCUCGUGGCGAGCUGGCGAGAUGUCGCAGGGCCAGGGCAACCAGUAUCAUCACUUCGUGGGAAGUGGUGAUACCGGCGCUGCCCAUGCCCAUCAUCAACAACAGUCUUUCGGAGAGACGGCUGAGCAGGACUUCUAUUUUGAUGCCAAUGCACUGUCGAACGGCCUCCAUCCCGCGCUGCAGUACGAAGACACCUCCUCGUUCCAAGAUAGCCAGUUUUUUGGCCACGGAAAUCCGCCUUAUGGGUACCAGGCAAGACCACUAGACACGACGUCCGCGGUUGGAUACAGCAAUUUUUCCAACUCGUUCACUGGCAACAACCACUCGGACGAGCAAUACUCCUCCCCGUCGACACAGACGCAGCAGUUCCAAGAACCUUACCAUGGGGACAUGUACGUCCAGCGGCAGCCUGGCCAAGGCCAGCAACUGAAUGACCCUGGACGGCACAUCAACGGCCAGCCCCAGCAGUUUGUGCAGCAUUCCCAGCACCCCCAGACUCAAGGUAGCUACCAGGUGCAUGGGAAUCAGGAGAACCAGUUCUACACACCUCCCCAGGAGUUCCGCACGCACACCCCGACGCAGACGCAGUCGCAGCCCCAGCCACGGGCACAGCCUCAAGGGCAUCCGCAGCAACCAUUGCAACAGCAAAUUCAACAGCUGCAGCCCCAACAGCAGGUUCAUCAACAAGCCCAUCAUCAGCAGCAACCCCAGGCCCACCAAUCACUGCAGCAUCAGUCACAGCCGCAGGUGCAUCAACAGCAGGUGCAGCAACAGCCGCAACACCAUCAACAACCGCAGGCUCGACAACCACAGCUACAGCAGCAGCAGCAUCCGCAACAACAACAACAACAGCAGCAGCAGCAGCAGCAGCAGCAGCAGCCGCAGCAACAGUUCCAGCACCAGUUGCAGAGACAUCCGCAGCAACAACAACAGCAGCAGCAGCAUCAGCCACAACCACAACAGCCAGGUUUCCAGGGUCAGGGGGCCGCACCGCCCUUUGGAUACCCGGCCCAGCAACCGCCCGUCGCUCGUCAAGCCCGGGUGCAGGCUGCGGCAGCACAGUAUGCGCCGAGCCCCAUUGGCCAUACUCAUAGCCCUCGGCCGGUGAACGUAAAUUCUCCCGCAGGCACAGUCAACUCGCCGUUCCAAAUGCCAACCUCGACGGCCCCGGGACAGUCUGCCAACAAUUUUGUUUCGGCGACUUUUGAGCCGCCUGCUGCUCCUAAUCAACAUGUGCAACCGAUGCACCCUACCGCCCAGGCCUGGAAUGCGGCCGCUCCUCAAGCGGCCCACUCAGCCGCGGUUUCUCAGGUGCAGGGAUUCUCCGCGAUGUCAGAACAGCAACAGCCCAACCCUGCGUUGGCCAGAUCUACCGCCGCUCGGGCAGGGCAGCGCGCAAACCCUUUGCAACAGGCACCAUCUCCGGCGCCUGGCCCGGCCCAACCGUCCCCUAGAUCAGUAUCCGCAAAGCUCGCAGCUGUGCAAUCCAGUGCUCGGCCCCUGGCUGCUCAGCCUGCACAGGGACCUCCCGCCCAGUACAUGUCCACGUUUUCAUCGUCUGCCCCGGUUUCCGCUGUAACACAAAAACAAACUUCGAUCAAAGCAUCUGCAUCGAUCAAGGGCACUCAGCUACCGGAUCGUGAUCUCAUGGUGGCCCAAAUGAACGCACCUCGGGUCAACUGGAUUGGAAUGCCUAACGUGGUGGUCGGACCUUCGAUUUCGCUUCCGAUGUCGCCACCACAAGAGUCUCUCGUGUUGUGUGACCCUGAGAGGGGGCUGGGGCUUCAGGUCAUGAAGCGUGAAACCCACCUUCCCGCCGAGCUCAUCAGCCAGUUUGUGAGGGUCAACGAGAGCCAGGCAGACGAGGGUAACAUUGAAGGAAAGCUCAAUGCACUCGAUAUGCUGGUUCAGAAGGACUACGGGUUCAAACUCUCAACCCCACUCAAAGACGGCCUCGAGAGGUUGAUACUGGAUGGGGAUGAUGAGCCGGCCAGGAGUGAGGUGCGCCCAACCGACCCGUUGGAAGCGGCGGCUUGGGACGCCAUAGGCACUGUAUACAUCAGCAGCAGCCAGCGCAGUGUUGCCGUCAUCAAACAAGCCGUCAAAGACUUUGGUGACCUUGUCAAAGGCUUUGCCGACAAGAUCAAGGCGCUCAAGGUGCAAGUUGACUCGGCCUCGGAAGGCUCUGCCGACAAGGCCAAGUUCAAGGAUGCCCUUGUUCACGAACAGAAGCUCAUACACCGCGCCAUCGACGCUGCGUACGAUAGGGGUGAUAUUGCAAUCCUGGAAAAUCUCGGCGGCAACCGCCCCCUUAUUGGCCAUCUGGUAUCCUCGCUCAGGGACUGCUACAACGCGAGCGAUUUCAGCGGAGACUUCCCCAAGGCCAUCUUGAGACUGCUUACUCUGUUUAUCUCGCUCCCUGAGGAGAUCCUGAUAACAAAGCUCAAGUUUGACAAGAUUCAGAAGAGGUUUCUGGUCAAGGGCGACGACGAGGUCAGGAAACUGAUGAAGAAGAUCGAUAAAAUCAUCGGUCGCGGCAAGGAUGCCGGCGAUGCAGCCGUCACCAAAGCAGUUGGUGGCGGUCCACUCUCAGUGCCCAAAGGGUCUGCCGAGAUGACAAAGGUACCCUCUUCCUCCGGUGUGAAUGGCAAACUCGUCAAGUCCACGAGAGUGCCAUCGGACUCAUCCCCCUCCAAACGGCCACGGGAGGAUGACUCUGACGCGCCGGCUGCGAAGAAGUUUGCACCAAACCCAUCUGCCCCUGAUGGCGCUGGCGCAAAAGCCCUGUCGGCAGGGCUAGUGGGAAAGCCGCUUGGAAUGACAGGGUUAUUGCCAGGCAAGUCGCGGCCUCUCACCAAGCCCAUAGCCAGACCGGACCCUGCCAAAGCGCCGUUGCCUGGCAAAGCAGAUGGUUCCAAGCCUGCAACGGGGCCCAAGAUCGAGCCGAUCAAGUACGAACUCACUCGGGCAAAGAAGGCGGUCGGGCAAAAGACGGAAUCUCCCUUUGGCGGCUCAAGGCUGGGCUCUCUUCUCAACGAGAUUGCUCAGCCCAAGAAGCCCUCGCAGCCUGCCGCUAAAAUGGACAUCGACAUGGAGGUGUUGGAGACACCCGAGGAGACUGAAAAGCGGUUGCGCAAGGAGAAGCGACGGAAGCUCCGCGUUGUGUGGAAGGAGGGCGAUGCGCUCACCGAGGUCCGCAUUUUCCACAAGCACGCCGAGGAGUCGGACGACGAUGUCAAGGCGAACACCGUGACGCGACACGCAGCCUAUGACAGAUCGGAAGGAAUGAUGUUGAAGCAGGGACAGAAGGGGCUGGAUCUGGACAAGGACGAGGAAGAAGAGGAGGAGCCAGCCGAGCGUUCGUGGAACGAGCCGAGCCAGCUCAGCUUCGCGACUCUGCCCAAGGAGAAGCGGGAGGGCAACUAUGCCAGUCGUGGCGGUCUCAAGUCGAUAAGUACGACUGAGAAGGACGUCAUGGCAGCGCGGCAGCAAGUUGAGGUGAUGGCCUUCUACAUCGAUCCCGCCGACAUCCCAGCCACACCCAAAUCACCAGUCGGGCUUUCCAAGGAGCCUCUGAAGGCGCCAGACCCUGUUUCCUUACCUCCCACUACAACCAACCUGGACGAGAUCCAUACGAGAUGGCGCGAUUCUGAGCAUUUCGGCGUCAAGCAGGCGACCAACAACGCCAUCGUACGGAUACAUCAACGGAACGCCAAAGCCAUUUCCGCUCAGCAGCCCGCUCCCCAAGCUCAGCCACCUCAUCACAGACAACCGUCGUUGCCCAACAGCGAGCAUGUGCUCGCCCUACUGAGCUCUGAGAAGCUCUUGAAAUGGAUCGCCCCGGAUCCGUACGACCCUGAACGUCCCAAGACACAGCGACGCUUCAACCAUCCGGAUACGGCUAUCCAGAAAGCCGUGGAUGCGGCCGAAGAGCUCGUUUGGAAGUAUAAGGGACUGCCAUUCCCGCCCACUGACCCACCAAGCUACAUCAGUGACCCGGACAGGAUUAGAGAAUGGUGGCAGGGCUUCAACCGAGAGAAGGAGCGGCGGGCGCAGGCUGUCGAACAAGAGAGGCUACGCAAGGAGGCCGAGGCGCGUCAGGCUGCACAGAUGCAGCAGCCAAACGGCAGCGCCCAGCAGACUCCAGAGGAGCAGGCUGCGUGGGCAAAGUACUACGCGCAAGCAUUGGGCCAGGACCCGGCGCAGCUCCAGGCCAUGAUGGCUGCGCAACAACAGCAGCAGCAUGCCCAAUAUGCGCAGUACUAUCAGCAGCAUGCACAGGCACCUCCUCCCGCGCCUGCUCCUACCGCGCCGGCGGGCGAUAUGAACUCGCAGCUCCAGGCUCUGCUAUCGGCGCUCGGUGGUGCUCCGCAGGCGCCUCCGCAGCCUCAAGUGCAAGCCCCGGCCGCGGUCCAAAACCCGCUGCUCGAUCCGCAAAUCCAGGUGCUCCUUGCGAGCGGCCAGAUGGACCCCGCGCAACAAGCUUUCCUCCAGCAGCAACUUGCACAGUGGGCCACGCAGCAGCCGGGAGCUGCGGCCGGCGCAGGGGCCGGAGGCAAGGCGGACAUGGGCGGCGGCAGCGGCAGCAAUGGCGGUCACAGGCCGAAUGGCAACAACGACCAUGGCGGUAACAAUGGCGGACGUGGAGAUCGCGACGAGCGAGAACGCCGCGACAGCCACCACCGCGAAAAGGACCGGUUCCGGCGCGAGAAGCGGUCUAAUCCCAUCAACCGCGACCUCAUCGGCACCAAGCCCUGCAUGUUCUGGUCCAGCGGGAAGUGUGCAAAGGGCGGCAAGUGCACCUUCCGGCACGGCUAGAUGUCACGUCUGUCACGUCCUGCAUACAUGGAGAUGACUUUUUUUUACUUGGGUUCUUACGAUAGAAACUUAUGUGGGCGUAUGCGCCCUCUUUACCCCUUAUCCUUUCUUUUGUUCUUUUCUGGUCCUCUAUUCUUCAUCACAUGUUCUUUUCUCAUCUACCGAUGUUUUAGGGCCGAACCAGAGGCCAGGGAUCGUCCAGAGGUAUCAUUAUCAUUCUCAGCUGCAGUCUGUGCGUCAUCACGAGCCAUCAGGACCCUUUUUUACCAUUUGCUUUAUUUCUUCCCGACCUCGCUCGGCGUUCAGUUGCAGCUAGACAGUGCUCGGUGUGUGUACGUACUAUGAAGGGCCACGGGGAUGGCUUGACGCAAAGGCGGUAAUGAAGCAUGGAGGAGGGAGAAUCUCGGGCGUCCCUCGAGGUACUUGCUGGCCUAUUCCACAUUUGCCCGCCGAGGAAACCCAGGUCCUGCCUGAAGCAACCCUCCUUGGGCGGGAAGCCAGAUGCUUCGAGGGAGAGAGCCCAGUGUAACAGUGUUUUUUUUUUUUUGCGAGAUGACAGUGGGCGGCCCGCUCGGUCGAGCC